AUCCCGCAUGAACGCGUUACAUUUGCAAAAAACGAUGAGCUAGCCAAUCAACCUUUCGCUCUUGCGGACAAACUGUAACAGAUUGGCUAUUGUAUCGCUUUUUCUCACGCGUAGUGCAUUGACACGUUCUGUGUGCAAGAGACUUUAUCCUUCUUCCAACCUUACCGCUACCGCCUCCACUUCCACCAUUCACCGCGAGAAACCGUGCGGUGUGCGGUGCGUGCUCUGUGUGCUGUGUGUCAUAUUUGCUCGUCGACGCGCGAGUGUACAUUCGAGUGUGCUUUCCUUUAUCGUAGGAUAGCCGCGAUGCUGUCCAAUUGUUCGCGUUUCGCGCCUCGGAUAAUCACGCGGAGUAGCGUGUUACGGGCCAAGGUCACAAGAUCAUUGUAUAAUCAAGGGCGUACUAUAGUUAUCCAUGCUGAACAUGUGCCCAAUGUUAAAACUUUAUUAUCUAGAAAAUAUAAGGCAAACUGUUAUUGGGUAAAUCGAGCGAGACAUAUACAUUCAACUUCAGCAUUAUGGGAGAUCAAGGAAGUUGUAGUUCCUCUGUUUGCCGAAAGUAUAAGCGAGGGCGAUGUGAGGUGGGAGAAGAAAGUUGGCGAUCAGGUCAAGGAAGACGAUGUUCUUUGCGAAAUCGAAACGGACAAGACUUCGGUUCCCGUUCCAUCGCCUGGACCUGGCGUUGUAAAAGAAAUCUUCGUUAAAGAUGGCGAUACCGUAAAGCCAGGUCAGAAAUUAUGUACUAUUGAUAUCGGUGCGAGCGGCGGAAUUGCGGCCGCACCCGCGGUAGAAGCGCCGAAGCCCGCUGCGGCACCAUCUCCUUCUCCGUCGCCACCAAAAGCAGCAACACCUCCUAGUGCGACGACACGUCCACCAUCGCCGGAAGCCGCGGCAGCACCAAUUCCGCCUCCCGCUGCUAAGCCACCACCUCCGCAAGCACCUAUUGCUUCGAUGCCGGUCGCGGCCAUCAAACAUGCGCAGUCGCUGGAAAGCGCGAAAGUUCAACUACCUCCCACCGAUUACACGCGCGAGAUAUUAGGCACUAGGACAGAGCAACGGGUGAAGAUGAACAGAAUGCGUCUACGUAUUGCGGAACGUUUGAAGGAAGCACAAAACACGAAUGCUAUGUUAACCACUUUUAACGAAAUUGAUAUGAGUCGCAUUAUCGAAUUUCGAAAAAUGCAUCAAGAGGCUUUUACGAAAAAAUAUGGUAUCAAACUUGGAUUUAUGAGUCCGUUCGUCGCAGCCAGUGCUUACGCUCUGAAGGAUCAACCCGUAGUAAACGCUGUAAUAGAUGGCACCGAAAUAGUAUAUAGAGAUUACGUAGAUAUUAGCGUGGCAGUCGCAACGCCCAAGGGACUCGUCGUACCGGUGCUACGCAGUGUAGAAAAUAAAAAUUUUGCCGAGAUCGAAAUUGUUUUGGCCGCCUUAGGCGAGAAAGCUAGGAAAGGAAAAAUUACCGUCGAGGACAUGGACGGCGGUACUUUCACGAUAAGCAACGGUGGUGUUUUCGGCUCGAUGUUAGGAACUCCCAUCAUUAAUCCGCCUCAGAGUGCGAUUCUUGGUAUGCAUGCCGUCUUCGAUAGACCAGUCGUCGUUAAGGGACAGAUUGUCAUUAAACCAAUGAUGUAUGUAGCUUUGACAUAUGAUCAUCGACUGAUCGAUGGACGCGAGGCUGUGUUCUUCCUAAGAAAGAUCAAAGAAGCUAUAGAAGAUCCUAGGAUUAUCUUGGCUGGCCUUUAAUAACUUGGAAUACACGUUUGUCGCGCAUGUGUUGACAAUUUUUAUAAUCACCGUAAAAAAGUAAGAGCGCGACAGUCUGUAAAAAUUUUCGGCAGGGAAUCUUCCCGCUUCGGAAACCUUAUUAUUGGAGCGUUAAGAAACGUCUCGACAUUUCUUUUCGAAUCUAUCAAUCUCUAUAAGCUGUACGGGAUGAUGUGGCAAGUGCAGUCAUAAAUAACGAUAAGCAUGCUAGUCCUAUGUCUAUAAUUUUGAAUUCUUAUAAUGGAAGUAUAAUGAGUCGCUUUUACUUUGGCUAUUGAACGAUUUUUGCUAUCGGAAUUUUUCGAUACAAUGAUCGCUCAAUAUGAUUUCAUAAUAUCGUUAGUCAUGUUUUACGCACGAAAUGUCGCGGUACCACGAACAUAUUUUUAUUCUCUCCGUACGCAUCAUGCUUAAUUUGGUAGAGAUGUGAGCGCAAACGGAAAUCGAGCUAAGAAGUACUUUAUUAGAUGUAGAUCCAAAGCUAAAAUAAAGUCUCACCAAUCUAAAUGUUUAGCAUUGUUGAAUUGCGACCAUAAGUAUAUACGCGACUUAAUAAAUCUUUAAAAAUUUCACGGUGAUAUUGUAUAAUUUUGUACAUUACUUGUACAUUAUAUCGAAUAUCUCCGGAUCUAUUCAUCGGAAACUUUUCUGCAUUUUAAGGAAAGCGGAAUAUUAGCGAUCUUGUACAGAUCAAAAUUGUUUUUAAAUAAAAGAAAGAAAAUCAACAUAGGAUGUUUUGUAGCAUAAAGUGUGGGGCAUUUAACGAUAUAUUAACGGAUACACUGCCAAAAUCUGUAUGAAUUUUUUAAAAUAUCAUUAAAUUGAAAUAAAAACCUGCACGAAUAAAGAUAUGCAGAUAUCGAUAACAACAUCUGUCAUUGAUACAGUAUGCAAUAUUCUUGACUAUGUAUUUAUAUUGUCAAUAUAUUCAAUGAAUUGUGAAAAUAUGUGCGAAUAUCUUUGGUCUUGUUGUAAAAUACGUUGUAUAUUAUUCAAUAUUCUGUGUAUUAAUGACGAAUCGCGUAUAAAGCACACUGAUUAAAUAUUU